GUGAACAUUAGAGGGGAUCAGAAAACACUCAGAGCUCAGUGAUCCACACACAACAAGCAAGAUGAGUGCUGUGCUGAAGCUGCUGCUGCUGGCGACAGUUAUUCUGCUGGUUUCUGCUCAGGAAUGGAAGAACUAUUGGAGCUUGCCUGAUUCAUACAGAACACACAUUGACAAGGCACUGCAUGAUGCCAAUGGAAAACUUGGGGGUCCUUAUCAUGUUGCCUAUGAAAGCCUCUUGCCAAACCUGAAAAUUACAGAUGAUGACUUCUAUGUAAAUGUGCGUCUGAUGGUCACAACAUGCAGGAAGGAUGAACAGAAAGGUUUUGGACAUCGAGAUGAAUGUGUUACACAAAAAUCUAAAACGCCCUGGAUUGACUGUGUCGUGUGUAAGCCAAAAAAUGGUGAAGAACUAAUUGACUGUGUGAGACAAGUGGAUGCUAAGAAUAGAGCAGACAUUCGAAAAAAGUGUUCAGGUUACCGCCAUGGAAGUACAACUCUGCCAUCUAUUUAGACAAAUAAAUGUUAGGCAUUUUCCAACUGUCUGGUUCAAUGUACUGUUAUUUUAAAAUGGCAAACACAAUAAAAAAAUAAUGAUUAAAAACAAAUCUACA